UUCCCCCUAAGAGCAGCCCGCGAUCCCAGCCCCGAGAGAGGACUCGCAUUUCGACUUGCGGGACACUUUUGUGCGUUUCUCUCUCGAGCGCCUCUCGCGCUCGCCCCUCCUGCGCUCGCUCUUUCUUACCCUCACCUCCUUUUUCUCCUCUCCUCUCCCUCUCUCUAACUAAGAUUCCUUCCUAGAGUGCUUGUUGUCUCUGCCCCCCUAGAUCCUUGUCCCCCUUUCUCCCCCUUCCCCUCUGGGGGGUGUGUUGCAACUUUUCCCCCUCGCUUCUCCUCCUUCUGUUUCCCCUUAUAUGUGACCAUGGCAGUGCCGGCGGCUUUGAUCCCUCCGACCCAGCUGGUCCCCCCUCAACCCCCGAUCUCUACUUCUGCUUCCUCCUCGGGCACCACCACCUCCACCUCCUCGGCGACCUCGUCUCCGGCUCCAUCCAUCGGACCCCCGGCGUCGUCUGGGCCAACUCUGUUCCGGCCGGAGCCCAUUGCCUCUUCUGCUUCUUCUUCAGCCGGGGCCACAGUCACCUCUCCUGGUGGCGGCGGCGGCGGCAGCGGAGGCGGCGGUGGCAGCGGCGGCAACGGAGGCGGCGGCGGGAGCAACUGCAACCCCAGCCUGGCGGCCGGGAGCGGCGGCGGCGGCGGCGGCGUUAGCGCUGGCGGCGGCGGCGCCUCCAGCACCCCCAUCACCGCGAGCACCGGCAGCAGCAGCAGCAGUAGCAGCAGCAGCAGCAGUAGCAGCAGCAGCAGCAGUAGCAGCAGCAGCAGCAGUAGUAGCAGCAGCUGCGGCCCCCUCCCUGGGAAACCCGUGUACUCAACCCCGUCCCCAGUGGAAAACACCCCCCAGAAUAAUGAGUGCAAAAUGGUGGAUCUGAGAGGGGCCAAAGUGGCUUCCUUCACGGUGGAAGGCUGCGAGCUGAUCUGCCUGCCCCAGGCUUUCGACCUGUUCCUGAAGCACUUGGUGGGGGGCUUGCACACCGUCUACACCAAGCUGAAGCGGUUGGAGAUCACGCCGGUGGUGUGCAAUGUGGAACAGGUUCGCAUCCUGAGGGGACUGGGGGCCAUCCAGCCCGGAGUGAACCGCUGCAAACUCAUCUCCAGAAAGGACUUCGAGACCCUCUACAAUGACUGCACCAAUGCCAGUUCCAGACCUGGAAGGCCUCCUAAGAGGACUCAAAGUGUCACUUCCCCAGAGAACUCUCACAUCAUGCCGCAUUCUGUCCCUGGCCUCAUGUCGCCUGGAAUCAUUCCACCAACAGGUCUGACUGCAGCUGCUGCAGCUGCUGCAGCUGCUACCAAUGCAGCUAUUGCUGAAGCAAUGAAGGUGAAAAAAAUAAAAUUAGAAGCUAUGAGCAACUAUCAUGCCAGUAACAACCAACAUGGAGCAGAUUCUGAAAACGGGGACAUGAAUUCAAGUGUUGGCAGCAGUGGUGGUUCUUGGGAUAAGGAUACACUGCAGUCUCCCCCAUCCCAGGGAUCCCAGGCUCCUGUUGCACAUGCCCGCAUGCCUGCAGCGUUUAGCCUUCCAGUUAGCCAUCCUCUCAACCAUCUGCAGCACAGCCACCUUCCACCAAAUGGACUGGAGCUUCCUUUUAUGAUGAUGCCCCACCCUCUCAUUCCUGUCAGCCUACCUCCAGCAUCUGUCACCAUGGCAAUGAGUCAGAUGAACCACCUCAGUACCAUUGCAAAUAUGGCGGCGGCAGCACAAGUUCAGAGUCCUCCAUCCAGGGUGGAGACAUCUGUUAUUAAGGAGCGUGUUCCCGACAGUCCCUCACCUGCUCCAUCUCUGGAGGAGGGCCGGAGGCCUGGCAGCCACCCAUCCUCACAUCGCAGCAGCAGUGUGUCCAGCUCUCCGGCGAGGACUGAGAGUUCUUCCGACAGAAUCCCUGUCCAUCAGAAUGGCCUGUCCAUGAACCAGAUGCUGAUGGGUUUAUCCCCAAAUGUGCUUCCUGGGCCAAAGGAGGGGGAUUUGGCUGGUCAUGACAUGGGGCAUGAGUCAAAACGGAUCCACAUUGAAAAAGAUGAGACCCCACUUUCCACACCAACUGCAAGAGACAGCAUCGACAAACUUUCUCUAACUGGGCAUGGACAACCACUACCUCCUGGCUUCCCAUCUCCCUUUCUGUUUCCUGAUGGCCUGUCUUCCAUAGAGACCCUUCUCACUAACAUACAGGGCCUCUUGAAAGUUGCCAUAGACAAUGCCAGAGCUCAAGAAAAGCAGGUCCAACUGGAAAAAACAGAGCUGAAGAUGGAUUUUUUAAGAGAAAGAGAAUUAAGAGAAACACUUGAGAAGCAACUGGCCAUGGAACAAAAGAACAGAGCCAUAGUCCAAAAGAGGCUAAAGAAGGAAAAGAAAGCAAAGAGAAAACUGCAGGAAGCACUCGAAUUUGAGACCAAACGCCGUGAGCAAGCGGAGCAGACACUGAAACAGGCAGCUUCAGCGGACAGUCUCCGGGUCUUAAAUGACUCCCUGACCCCCGAGAUAGAAGCUGACCGCAGCGGAGGGAGAGCAGAUGCUGAAAGGACAAUACAAGAUGGAAGACUGUAUUUGAAAACUACUGUCAUGUACUGAAUAUUCCUUGUUGAAGAAACCCAUCAUCUAACAGAACUCUGGAGGCAGACCUUCAUCGGAAAGUUCAGGAAAAAAAAAAAAGUCUGGAUAAAAGAACUUCAGUUUUGUGUGUUAGCGUUCUUUAUCAUUUAAGUAUUCCACAAAAGCAGAAAAGUUUCCUCCAUUGAUUUUUUUUUUUCACCUGUGGUUCAUACCAGAGACUGAGAAUGUUUGUAAAUGUACACAUAUCAAACUUCUUACAGUUCAUAACUCGCCUGUGCUGCUGGACACUUGUGUACAAAGUUAAAGUCGGGUCUGAGGGAGACCUAGCAUUGGUUUGUUUUCUUUUUCUUCUUAAUGGAAUGAACCUUUUUUCCCUCUUCUGACAGUUCUGUAACUGAGCACAUCAACAGACUUUGUAGCAGUGCUCACUCAGACUUACAGAAUUGUGUCCCACAGAAACCAGCAAGAAUAUAUGGGAUAAACUUUUAAGGGUCAUAGAGUAUUCUGGGGGGCGGGGGAAUGAGGGGAGUGAGAGUAUUCUGUUACAUACAAUUUUAAACUCUAUAAUUGCAGGUUUUGUCCUGAAGACCUUUUCAUAUACUUUCUGGAAGUCCAACAAAUGGACGUUAACAACUCGAUGAAAUUACAUUUUGCAUAUCUGAAAAAGAAGCAUUGAAUAUAAGCCAAACGGUUUCACUGAUGGUCUCUUUUUCUUAAAGAUAAAAAUAUAUAAAAAUAUAUAUAUAAAUAUAACAUGUUUUCAUUCCAAACUGGUAGCGGUAUAUAGGAUUAAAAAUAAUAAUGUCGCUUCUUAUUCAAACUGUUGGUCACAUGUACAGUAUAUAAACAUAAAACUCACAGGAAGGUAUUAUGUAUGCAGUAGUAUACUAGCGUUUAGGAGAUGAAAAUUUUAGAAAAUAUGUUUUGUCACCCUGUUGGUCAGAAAGAUGUCUUUCUGGUUUUAACGCAUGCAGGCAUGUAAAUAUUUGUCUGGAGUCACAGUAUUAAUGAAUGAGAUCUUAUACAUCUGGUGACAUCAGAAUUCUGUCAGCCAUUUUUAUUUGUAUAUUGAUCCCUAGUGAGUGCCCCAAACUCCACUACAGAGGAUGAAUUGUGGCUGACCAGUAAAUCAAAACACCAGAGAUAUUUUUAUAUGUUAAUGUCAUAUUAUGUUAAUGUUGCUGAAAAACAAAACUUAAUAAGCCCUUGGUGUAUUGGUCCAAUACCAUGUAGCCCCAAGUGAUGAAGUUAAACUGUGCUGUGCCUCCCAGCCCAUUCAGAGGGAACAGGGGUGGGGGCUACGUGCUAUUUUCACGGUCUUUUUGAAAGUUACAGUAUGCGUUUUCAUAUUUGUGUGUAUAACUGGAAGUAAAGCUGCAAACAGUGCUUCUCACUUGCUGAAGUUACCUUUGUGUUUACACAUUGGGAGUAACCCUUCUGAAGACUUACAGGAAUCCGUGCAGUUGCUCUACACUUUAUGAUUUUCUGUCAGAUUAAAAUUUUGUGAUUAUAGUAUUUUUAUUACCAUAAAAAAACACAGUAAAAAAUCUAAAGCAGCUAGCAUCAGUGUGUUUAAAGAUAGUUUUGAUUGGGUAAUUAUUAUUUGGUUAAGAAAAAAAAAAAAAAAGAAAGUUCCAAUUAUGGAUUCUGUGUCACUGAGCUCCUGUAAUUUUUAGGUCUUCCUUGCAGUUCUGAAACAUAACUAAUUCUUGGCUGUAACUUGCUAUUAACUGGUUAAGUUCAUUUUUUAAGACAACGAAGGGUUAUGUGUACAGUUCUUUUAGCUUGCAUUAAAGGGGAGUAAUAUUUUAAUUUAAAACACUGUUAGUAACUGCUUUGUAGAAACGGUUUGCUGAGCAUAAUUCUUCCAUGGUCAUGUUCUGUUGUUUGAGCAAAAGAGAUUCUAUUCUUACUUACAUGUAUUUUUGUUUGUUUUUCCCUACAUACAUACAUACUGUAAAUGAUUACAGUUCUUAAAAUUGGAAGGAUUUGUAGAAAGGUUUGGAGUCAUACUUUUUUUUUUUAACACGUUUUUUUUGUUUGUUUUUAAGACUACAACUUACAUAGGUAGGAGAGUUGAUCAUUGCUCUGCUCCUGGCAUAGAGUCACCAGUUAAAUGGGGUAGUUUUAAAAGACGUACGUGAAAGACCUCUGAGAAUGCGUUAGUGUUUGAUUCAGCAUAGAAGGAAAUUUUAGGAUUGAACACAAAAAGCUAUCCACUAUAUGUCAAGAGACUCUUAUUAACCUGUUGUAAAUAUUGCAAUUCACAAAAUGUUAUUGUAAGUUUGUAACUUAAUUUUUCCCUCUUUUUAGUUAAACAGGUUUGUUUAGAAAUUUGUGUUUUGGUGUAAGCAAGUAAAAUUGUGCCCAUUUUAUGGUCCCCAUGCUUUUGUAAUCUUACAAAUAUUAACGUCUAGUUGUUCUAUAUUAUAACCAUAUUUGCGCUCUAUGCAAGCCCUUGGAACAGAACAUACUCAUCUUCAUGUAGGACCUAUGAAAAUUGUCUAUUUUUAUCUAUAUAUUUAAAGUUUUCUAAAAAUGAUAAAAGGUUAUUACGAAUUUUGUUGUACAAAAUCUGUACAAAAAUCUGUUUUUACAUCAUAAUGCAAGAAUUGGAAAUUUUUCUAUGGUAGCCUAGUUAUUUGAGCCUGGUUUCAAUGUGAGAACCACGUUUACUGUUAUUGUAUUUAAUUUUCUUUUUCUUUUCAACAAUCUCCUAAUAAAAAUGUCUGAA